CCCUCGGCCGCGGCCGCGCAGGCGCACAGCGGUAACGGAGGGGGCGGUCGGGCGCGUUCCGUUGGCAGCGGCCGGUUCCUGUCAGCGGCGGCGGGUGGCGGUGCCCGGUCCCGACGGCGAGCGGAGCCCCCCCCCCGGCCUGGCCCGACCCGGCCCGAUUCGCGGCCCCGACGUGCUCGCGCCUGCCGGUGCGUCCCCUCCCCAGCGCGGGGCGGCGGAGGCAGCAGCGCCCCCCUCCCGGCCCGGCCCCCCGCUCCCGCCGCCCCCCUCGCCCCUGCCGGGCCGCGGAGCUGCGAUGCCCUCGGACUUCAUCUCUCUGCUCAGCGCCGACCUCGACCUCGAGUCCCCCAAGUCCCUCUACUCCAAGGAAUCUGUCUAUGACCUUCUCCCAAAGGAGCUGCAGUUACCACCUUCCAGAGAAACAUCUGUAGCAUCCAUGAGCCAAACAAGUGGUGGCGAGGCAGGUUCGCCGCCUCCAGCUGUAGUUGCUGCUGAUGCUUCUUCAGCUCCUUCCUCUUCCUCCAUGGGCGGUGCUUGCAGCUCCUUUACCACCUCUUCCAGUCCUACCAUUUACUCUACCUCAGUCACCGACAGCAAGGCUAUGCAAGUGGAGAGCUGCUCCUCAGCCGUGGGGGUAAGUACCCGAGGGGUAAGUGAACAGCAGUUAACCAGUAACACAGUCCAGCAGCAGCAGUCAACGCCGAAGAGACACACAGUCCUGUACAUCUCGCCACCACCUGAGGACUUGCUGGACAACAGUCGGAUGUCCUGCCAGGAUGAGGGGUGUGGAUUGGAGUCAGAGCAGAGCUGCAGUAUGUGGAUGGAGGAUUCACCCUCCAACUUCAGUAACAUGAGUACCAGUUCCUACAAUGAUAACACUGAGGUGCCACGUAAAUCACGCAAACGAAAUCCAAAGCAGAGGCCAGGGAUCAAACGCCGAGAUUGUGAAGAGUCCAACAUGGAUAUAUUUGAUGCCGACAGUGCCAAAGCGCCUCACUAUGUCCUUUCUCAGCUCAGCACGGACAGCAAAAGCAACUCAAAAGCAGGAAAUGGAGCAUCAGAGAACCAGAAAGGAGCUGGAGGGAAGAAGACCCCAAUGUUGUGUGGUCAGUAUCCGACUAAGAGCGAGGGGAAGGAGCUGAAGAUAGUGGUACAGCCAGAAACCCAGCACAGGGCUCGUUAUCUGACUGAGGGCAGCCGAGGCUCAGUGAAGGACCGGACCCAGCAAGGCUUUCCAACUGUGAAGCUGGAAGGUCACAACGAGCCGGUGGUGCUGCAGGUGUUUGUGGGUAACGACUCUGGGCGAGUGAAGCCACACGGGUUCUACCAGGCCUGCAGAGUUACUGGGAGAAACACUACACCUUGUAAAGAGGUGGACAUCGAGGGGACCACUGUCAUUGAGGUCGGACUGGACCCGAGCAACAAUAUGACACUGGCGGUUGAUUGUGUGGGAAUACUGAAGCUGAGGAACGCUGAUGUUGAAGCUCGGAUAGGGAUUGCUGGCUCCAAGAAGAAAAGCACACGUGCCAGGCUGGUGUUCCGCGUUAACAUCACUCGCAAAGAUGGCUCAACUUUGACUCUUCAGACACCUUCUUCCCCAAUUUUGUGCACUCAACCAGCAGGAGUCCCUGAGAUCCUGAAGAAGAGUCUGCACAGUUGUUCUGUGAAGGGUGAAGAGGAGGUUUUCCUGAUUGGCAAGAACUUUCUAAAGGGAACAAAAGUGAUUUUCCAAGAGAAUGUUUCUGAUGAGAAUUCUUGGAAAGCAGAAGCUGAAAUAGACAUGGAAUUGUUUCAUCAGAAUCACCUUAUUGUGAAGGUGCCACCAUAUCAUGACCAGCAAAUAACCUCAGCUGUUUCUGUGGGAAUUUAUGUGGUGACCAAUGCUGGAAGAUCACAUGAUGUGCAACCAUUUACCUACACUCCAGAUACAUCUGGUACUCUGAAUGUUAAUGUGAAGAAGGAAAUCUCCAGCCCAACCCAACAUUGUUCUUUUGAAGAGGCUAUAAAAGCAGUGAAGGCCACUGGUUGUAACCUGGAGAAGGUAAACAUUCUUCCUAGUGCCUUGAUAACUCCACUCAUGCCAAGCAGUAUGAUUAAGAACGAAGAUGUGGCUCCAAUGGAAGUAAGUGCAGAAAAAAGAUCUCCCUCAGUCUUCAAGGCUUCAAAUGUGGUUGGACCAACUCAACAAACAUUGGAAAACAGUAUGUCUGGCAUAUCAACAUCUGCUUCCCAUCUACCUUCUGAAAAUGAAAACCAGCAGCCAAUACAGCCGAAGGUGUAUAACCCAGAGACACUAACUACUAUCCAAACACAGGACAUCUCCCAGCCUGGGGGCUUUUCAGCAGUGUCUACUCCAGGUCAGCUGCAGAACAGUGACGCUUUAUUGCAGCAAGCUACACAGUUCCAAACAAGAGAUUCCCAAACCAGGGAAGUCUUGCAGUCAGAUGGCACAGUGGUCACUUUGUCCCAGCUGACAGAUGCAUCCCAGCAGCAGCAGUCUACGCUUUCAGAACCAGCACAGGCACUGCAGCAGCAGAUUUCAUCGAGCAUUUUCUCGUCAGCAAGCGGUGUGAGUCAGUUACAGAACACUAUACAGCAACUGCAAGCUGGGAACUUUCCAACAAACACUGCCACAGGCAGCAAUAGAAACGUUGACUUGGUGCAACAGGUACUGGAAGCUCAACAGCAGUUGUCUUCUGUUUUAUUUUCUGGUUCAGAGAGCAACGAGGAUGUUCAAGAUCAGCUCAAUGCAGACAUCUUUCAGCAGGUUAGCCAGAUGCAGAACAGUGUAAAUCCUGGCAUGUUUUCCUCGUCAGACACAGCUGUCCAUUCCAGACCAGAGAACCUUUUGCCUGGACGAGCUGAAAAUGUUCACUCUCAGCCUGAAAAUACGUUGUCCAACCAGCAGCAACAGCAGCAGCAGCAGCAGGCGGCGAUGGAGACCUCUGCAGCAAUGGUGAUAGGGAUCCAACAGAACAUGUGCCAGGCUGCAACACAGAUGCAGUCCGAUCUGUUCUCUUCCACAGCUUCGGGGAAUGGAGCCCUCCAGCAGUCACCUGUUUACCAGCAGGCUUCUCACAUCAUGGGUGGGUUGUCAACAAGUGAAGACAUGCAAAUGCAGUGUGAAUUAUUCUCUUCAUCUCCUGGGGUUUCUGGGAGUGAGACGGCUCCUCCUGCUCAGCAGCAGGUCUCCAACAACGCACCGGCCAUGUUUCAGGCAUCGAACUCUGCAGAUGGGGAGGAAGCUUCAGGACAGAGUAAACAGAUGCAGAGUACUGUCUUUCAGACCAUGGUUCAAAUGCAGCAUAGUGGAGAAAGUCAAUCUCAAGUCAAUCUCUUUUCAUCUACCAAAAACAUGAUGACUGUUCAGGCGAGUGGAACUCAGCAACAGGGCGGUGGUCUGUUCCAGCAAGGCGGAGAAAUGAUGUCCAUCCAGUCAGGCAGCUUUAUGCAGCAGUCCCCACACUCACAGGCACAGCUCUUUCACUCUCAGAAUCCCAUUGGUGAUGCUCAGAAUAUAUCACAGGAAACUCAAGGCUCUAUUUUUCACAGUCCAAACUCCAUUGUCCACAACCAGACCAGUUCCAGCUCCUCAGACCAACUGCAGCCUCCCAUGUUCCACUCACAGAACGCCAUGGGGGUGUUGCAGAGCUCUUCAGUUCCUCAAGACCAGCAGUCUGCCAACAUAUUCCUUUCCCAGAGUUCAAUGAGCAACCCUGCAAGUCAGGAAGAGCAGAUGUCAUUCUUUACAAGCCCCAAUUCCAUUUCUCCUCUUCAGACGGCAACAAACACUGAGCAGCAGACUUCUUUCCAGCAGCAGACGCAGAUGUCUCAUAUGCAGAGUUCUAUGCUUCCCCAAGAGCAGCCCCAGACUCAGCCUGCCCAGCAAGGUUUGUUUCAGUCUCAAGUGUCAUUGGGCUCCAUCCAGUCCAGUUCGAUUCCCCAGAACCAACAAGGAGCCAUCUUCCAGCCUCAGCAUUCGAUGGUUGCUAUUCAGAGCAGCCCCCCGUCUCAAGAGCAGCAGCAGCAACAGCAGAACAUGAUGUUCAGUAAUCAGAAUGCAAUGAAUACAAUUGGUUCUCAAAAGCAGAACAUGAUUUUCAACCCAAAUCAAAACCCAGUUGCCAAUCAGGAGCAACAAGGCCAGUCCAUUUUUCGUCCACAGUCUAACAUGGCACCGAUGAACCAGGAGCAGCAGCCCAUGCAAUUCCAGAGUCAGACUACAGUGUCUUCUCUUCAGAAUCCUGGAUCCAACCAGGCUGAAGCACAGCAGCCAGCCAUCUUCCAUAACUCGCCCCAGAUUCAACUGGUCCAAGGGUCACCAAGUUCUCAAGAGCAACAAGUCACCCUCUUCAUCUCCUCAGCUUCCAUGUCUGCCUUGCAGAACAGCAUGAGCCAGCAAGAGCUGCAGCAGUCGCCUAUGUACUCCUCUCAGAACAGCAUGGCAGGGAUGCAGGGAACUGCCUCUCCUCCGCAGCAACAAGCCUCUUUAUUUCACAACACAGCAGGAGGUGCUAUCAACCAGCUGCAGAAUUCUCCUGCUUCAUCUCAGCAAACAUCAGGAAUAUUCCUGUUUGGCAUUCAAAACAACUGUGGCCAGCUGCUGACCUCGGGACCAGCCCCGCUGCCGGAUGAGCUGAUGGCGAUCGGUCAGCCGGGGCAGCCGCAGGGCGAAGGGCAAGCGGCGGUGCCGGCGCUUCUCUCCCAGCAGAUAUCUGAGACCCCUCCACUACCUUCAGCCAUGGCGACCAAUCAGAACAUGGAGAAAAUAGAUGAUCUGCUGGUGUCACUGCAAAACCAAGGGAACAAUAUGGCUGGCUCAUUUUAAUUAGCCAACAGAAAUUCUGUGAAGAAAAAAAGAGUGAUGAUUUCCCAGAUCCUCUCAGACCUUCCAACUCGGGAUUAGGCUGUGUGGAACUGAUUGCUUCUGUCAAAAAGUGACCCUCUUCUCUAAAGAGCACACACGUGGCCAGUCGCAGCUGAGGCCGUGCCCACAGUGUCUGGAUUCAGUGCCAAUAAUGCUGAAAGGCUAUGCUUUGUUUUACUGGGGCACGGGAUCGGACUGGUACCAGGUUCCUAAACCUCAUGAGCAGUGGGGUGCUCUCUGAAUUUAAAGCAUAUCUGGUCAGUUGUUAUUGUUGUUAGAAGGUCAUACAUGUUACCACGUUUACUUUUUUUCUCUUCCUCUUCCUUCUUGACGUCCCCUCUCUCGACUAGAAGAGCUUGUGGAGCAGAAACAUGAAAUGCCCGUGACGCGAGCUGUGACUCAGAGCUGUCAGCAAGAGAAGGGAUCACGUGCAGUCGAGGGGGAGCCAGUGCUGCCAUUUGCUAAUUGCAGUAGGCAGCAAUGCCCAGCACUGAUGAAUAAACAAGCAGAGAAUUGCUCACUGCUGCAGCCAGCCAGAGGUGGGUGCUUCCAGCAGAGAAUGUAACGGUUUCCCUCGGCUCUUGGGUGUUAACCGUGCCUAGAGCAAGGGUUUGGUGGCUCUGGCAAAAGGAAGAAACAAAGGGCAGCUUUCCAUUAGAUUUUGCUCUUAAAAAUGUUACCCUCUGAAACACCUUCAACCUGAAAACAACAUUCUUCCUGGCUGGGGAAGGAACUCCCCCGUGUGUCUCUGACUGUGGGCUUGACCCCCGUAAAGCUGCAUUAGCCAUUCUCAGACUGCCCUGUGCCCUUUUGUUCUUUCCAUGGUUUUCCUUCUCUCCCCCUCAGUUCCAUGCUGCAUUUAAAAAAGAGAAAAGAGAUAAAUAUCCUGCUGGCUUUAGAGACCAGAAGCAGCUUUUAGGAAUCUCUGGCAUUAAAUUGCUUAGUCAGUAGAAGCUUUGACAAAUAAUCGAGGAUUACGGGAAGAAGAAGCAAUUUCUCCACCACCUAAAGCAGGAAUCCCCCUCCAUCAGCUGUUACUGAUGUAAACCUCCAGCUCGACUUUACUCCAGACAGGGGGCAAGUUACAUCAUUUUUAAGCAUUCUUGAGAGUCUCACUUCAUCCUGAGCUGUUGCAUCUUGGUAGCGGAUCGAGCUCGUGGCGGUUGUGAAGUGAUGUGGUUUUCAAUACCAACAGUGUCUCCAGGUCUAGUUUCUAGGUUGUCGCGUCUCGAGGGACGCAGCGACCGGUGUUACGGAAUGUAAACCCAGCCCACUCCAGACCACGCAGUUGUAUCGUGAGGCAUGUGAAUCUUUCGGGUGCUCCAACUGUCGGACAGUUCUGUGAUAUCUCACUACAGCCUCCUGCAGGGUCGUGUCCUCUCCUCCUGCAGGCAGGGAGCUGCAGCGGCCGAGCCCGGCAGCUCUCCCGCGGGGCUGCUUUGGCCUCGGCAGCGUGUGGUUGGUAUCACGGCAGUUUUCAUUUCUGUUAUUUUAAAUAACAAAGAACAGUCUGUAAAUGGUUUUUUGAGUUCCUCUGGUCUGUUUACCGUGUGUUUCCCCCUUGACUCGUGUGCUUAGUUGAGCCGUGUAGAGUUUUUUGUUUAACGGAUUUUCCUGUUUGUCGGUCUGUCCUGACGUCCUCUUGCUGUCUCUCUCUUUCUCUCUCUCAUUGAGAGGCAUUGAAUUACGUUUUCAGUAGUAAGGCUUCUUGCCGAUAUGAAGGGAACUUUUCAGAAAGAGACCUGCUCUGGGUCAUUUAAUUUUGAAUACAGUUUUCAAUCGUUCAAGUUUUGGAUGGUUUAUAUCUAAUGUGUGUUUCAUUUUUUUGGAAAGCUAUAUUUUGUAUUUAGGAAAUGGUAUAACUAUUUUGCUAUUUGUACUGAGUGAGUACAUUGGCAUAAAUAUAAAAAUUUAUAUAUAUACAUAUAUAUAAAAUAUUCUUUUUGCCACACAUUUUGGUGGUAAAUUUGUGAGUUUGUCUGAUGUUCUACCACAACGUGGCGUCUGAUAUAACAGUGGGGUGGGGUGGGGUUUGUUAUGUCUUUACUGAGUAUUUAAGUACUUUUUGCGACAUAAAUAACUUGUUCAUCUCUCGCCAUUCCAUCGGGCAGUUUCUUGUUCCAACUGGCUGUGAGAAGCUUCGCCGUGUGUUUCGCUGUGUCUGCGCUCAGCAGUAGGAUCUAGUGAGGAAGCCCGUAGGCAUUUAGGCGUGUGUAAAACCUGGGGGUUUCGUUCAGGAUGAGCCAUUCAGCUUUUAGCCACUGUCAGCCUCUAUUUAAUAUUUUACCCUUAGCUCCUCUGUGUUUUAAUUUAUGAUUACGCCGAAGUGUUUAAAGUUUUAAUCAUGGUGAAAAGAAUUCCCCUCUUCACAAUGUCCAGAGCUGCUUUAACCCUCAAUCAUGCUUCCUUUUUCUUUCUGUGAUUACCUUUAUUUUGCCUGUUAAGACAAAAUACUAACAAGCCCUUGUUGGCGGGUGCCGUGAGGACAGCAGCGCCGCGCACUCACCCGCCGCCGCCUGCGAGUUACCGCGGGAGCCCGGAGCCGGUUACUCAAACACCAGCUGGUGGCGUUCGCAGGAUCGAAGUCCCAGGACGAGCUGAUGGGUGUCACCUGGGGCCUUCAUACACAGAAGAAACAAUAGGAGUGAUAAAUCCCCACGUGUGCUGCUUGUGUCCCAGAGGGGUGUAUCUGCACGUCAGAUGCUGCUGUUCAGUGCCAAGUCACCAGGGACCAGUUCUCCACGUAACAAGAUGGGUGUCCAAUAGAGAACUUCACACCAAGGCUGCUGCAGCCCCAGGGAAGGGUCUGUCUGAAUUGUGGGUGUAUUUUCGGCCGCUGCUGAAGAGAGGAAAGAGGGGAAAAAAAGGGUUUUAACAAACAACAUCAAUUUCCAAAGGGCUGUGCUGUGCCAUUCCUCACUCUGGGUGACACCUUUCUCGUGUUAAACUCAUCUUGCUCGUGUUAGGUCAACGUUUAAAUGUGCAACACCUGGAACGUGUAGUUUGGUUACAGAAAGUACCUGUGCUGAGGAGGGCGAGCUGGCUCAGCGGCGGAGCAGCCGAGGCCAGGCGCAGCCUGCAGGGCCCCGUGGCACGGGCAGCCACGGGCUGGUCGGAGCCCGCAGCGCUGACCUCUGCACGCCAAGCAGCUGAUGUUGAUAAUUGGAGCUUACUCUGCGUUCUGCUGUGUUUCCAUCCCGGGGUUCCCUCCUCGGCCUGUUGGCUGUGAGCAGGCAGAGGUGAGGCACGUGUCCAGCGCAUUUUGGUUGGGGAAGUUCCAAGGUACUGCAAUGUUAGUCUCUGUGAAUGUGAAGAUCUUGGUGUUUGUUGUUAAGGGACUGUUGUUAUGCACAAAGCAGCAGGGAGGUACAGAUGAUGUUACUAGGUGAAGAAUGGAGGAUUUCAGAGCUGCGUUGCUGGGAUGGGGUCUCUGUAUGAUGUUUUUUCUGCUGCUUCAUGCUCUGAAAAGAAUUGUUAAAUCUAAGCCUCCUUGGGAGAGGUGGGACGUGCUCUUCAGCUGUGUGUGCCUCUAGAGCACCCGAGGCACGGGAUGGUCACGGGCUCGGGAGACGGACCUGCUGGGCACCGGCCGUGCCUUCGCUCUGCUCUCCCUUGUCUUGUACACCGUGUGUGUGUGAGUCAGAAACACACAACCCAGGGUUAGGAGCUCGACAUCUCCUCUGUCAGGAAGUUCCUGGUGCUUUGUGCUUCAUGGGGGAGGCCACGUUGUGUUGUGAACUGCCUCUGCGCUGGCUGAUCCGUCAGCAGCCUCACGGCAAACGCUUUGCUGUUAUUUUGACAUAGAGGUAGUUGAAGCAGCAGUUUCAGCUUUACUCCUUCCCAGUGGGUGUCUAAUCACCAAUCAUUUUAUUAGAAUUACUUUUAAUUGCUGACAGGGUGGGUACUUCCUCUGUAGUUCCAGGAUGGGACAAGCACGAGCAGUUGAGCUGGCAGGUUUGUUACUGGCAGUGCUCUGGGCAGCUGGAUCCGUGGACAUUCCCUGCAUUUGCAGAAGCUGAAAGCGGUUUUGUUUUGGUUUUGUAAAAAGCUUCUAUGAAUUAGGAUUUAGUUUCUGAAAAGAAAACUUGCCUGAACAGAUCUUCUACUCCAGGUACCUUUGCAGAGUCUCCAGAAGGAACACCAAACAAGCCCGACGCGUGCGUUGGUCUCUUGUAGUUUGAAGCACUAUUUGAGUAGCAGGAAAGUUGGUUUAUUAAAAAGCAAAACCAGAGUUGUUGUUACUGGACUACAAAAGCUGCACAGAGCUUCCCCCCUGGGAACGUGUGUGUGUUUGCACGUGCACCUUCAGUAAGACAGAAAGGAGUUUCACUCAGCUUUUGAAUCUCCUGCCUCGGUGGCAAAGUGCUGGUUCUGUUUUGAGGGUAAGCACAGGGGAGGAUGACGAGGGGUUACAGGCAUUUAACCGACUCACAGGAGCAGAACAAGGAGAAGGAAUUGCUCUGCAUGUCUGAGCCAUGAGUUGUAGGUGGAAGGUGAGAGGGAGGAUGUUGGUCACUGGUGACUCCUCAUUAGUGCAGCAUUUCCUUUCUGGGAGCAGAUGUGGUUUAUGUUCCAGAGGGCUGGCAGCAGCUCCAGUAUUUUAGAAGAUGAAACUAGUGCUGAGCUGCUUCGUGUGUUUGGGGUUUCUGCUUUGUCUUGGGGUAGAUUGUGUGUGAGCACUUGGUGUUCAGACCAGUGGUGCCAGUGGGAUGUGACAGCAGUGAGGGCUGCAGGCUGGGAACCGGGCACAGGAGGAUGGAUGCUGUUUGGAGACAAGGGAAGAUGCAGCAGCAGAUAAGCUCCUGUACAAGUGUUACCUGCAAAAGCCUCUCGUUCAGAGGGAGCUCCCAGGGGUCACUCAGGAGGAGAGGCUGUUGUUUGUCACGAGCUGUGUAGCUAUGUACAUACGCAAUGCCUGUAUAUUCCAGGGUUAUAUAUAUGUAUAUAGAGGAGUCGUAUGUCAUCUAUGAUAUAUAAAUAAUUAGUGAACAGAUGCAUAGAACACUGUUAUAUUUACAUUUUUAUAAACAUGAAAUAAUAUUCCUUUUCCUUAGAACGAGGUUAUUUACUGAGGUUUUUGUAGUAACUCCUGGGUAGGUGUAUGAGGCCCUUUCAGUACUGUACACGUGGCGCUGUCGGUAGUGUUGCUUGGGGAAGUUGCUCGGUGUGUGAACGUCACAGCCCCAGCUUGGAAGCAGCUCUACACUUUUGUAUCCUUUUAUAUAUUUUUUUAUUGCUAAUUGCAGGUGUGUUGGCAAAGCAGUUGGACUGUCAGGCUCAGCUUUCUGCACCCCUCUGCCCCCUGCCAGCUUUCCUCAAGGGACUCCCGACUUGGGGACCUUUCCCAGUGCCAGUCCCCCAGCAGCUCGUGCUGGUAGGGAGUGGUGGUGGUGGCUGUGUGGCUCCAGGGGAGCUGGGCUGAGCCCAGCAGCCCUCUCCCACGGAGGGUUGUUAGUUGUCGUUGCAUAGCAAAGGAGCCUGGCUGCUGCUCGCUGGGUUGGUUUGGAUCAGGAAGUGUAAUCAGUCAUUCCUCUUGUCCUUGUUCUCGGAAAGGCAUCUCGGGAGCUUUUCUUUUGCUUGCUUUUUAACUGACAUACUGCAACAGCCAAUGUCUAGAAAACCCUCUCCUUGAAAGCUGGUGCAAGCUCUCCCUGGUUUCUAGCCCUGAGGAGCCCUGCCCUGACUUGCACCAAUUCCUUUCAGAUGGUGUGAGAAAUUGGACUCUCAGAGAAAUCCAGACUGUAAAAUCAACAGCAGGUCUUUGUCCCCAGUGACCCUGCAGGCCUGAUCGGGUGUGUUCUGCUGCACUUUGACCGAGGCUGAUGGACAGACAUCACUGUCCUGGGACAGCCUUGGUCAAAGCUUCUCUGCCAAACUGAGAGCAAAUGUCCUUAUUUCUUGUUUGAGCCACCAGUUUGCAGGUCUGAGCUCCACUGCAGCCAGAGAGCUGCCAUUCUGCAGGUGCAGGUCACAGACUCGCCUCCUAACAUUCAACAGCACGGGGACAAGAGUGAAGAGGCCGAGGGUUCCCUGCUUGCUGUGGGCCGUUUGGUUCAGGCUCCCCUGUGCAAAACACCCACUGCAGAGCAGCCCAGUUGUGUGUGUGCUCCAGGCCUCAGCCGAGCAGCUCGUGAUCCAUGUGCAGAUCACACGAGUGGCCUUCGCUUCUCUUUUGUCCCUGAGCUGGGAGGGUCUGGGGCAGGGGCCCCGGGGCAGGGGGGAGCGCAGCUGACCCCGAGGUGGGGGAAGCUCCCUGGUGCAAGGAGAGUGUUGCAGAACUGGGAACACAUUCCAGUGUCUCACUCACACCACAGCAUUCCUGAAGCUUUUCUUUUUUUCCCAUUCUGGACACUAGAUGGUUUGAAAUCUUUCCAUUUGAGCUCAUUAACAACGAGUAAGCUCCAAAACCCUUCAGAGCAGAGCGUUCUACCUCUGUCCCUGGCUGCAUCUCGCAGUGGCUGAGCUGUCUGCCAUGUGCCCCGGAGCGCUGCUCGGCCGCUGAGCUGCCUCUUGCCCUGCCCUGCAGCGUGACGUAGCCGCAGAUAUUCCUUCGUGUGUUGGUGUUGGAUGGACUUGAGUUGGGAUUUUCAAAGCCCUGAGACCCGGUGUUUUCAGUUUGUCCUACGAGGGGAUAUUUUAUUUGCAUCUAUGUUUUUAGCUAUCCUGUGAUAACUUGUUGAAUAUUAAAAAAUACAGAUAUUUUGCUUCUCUUGGGACAUUUGUACUCGCAACUAUAUUUCUGUAAACAGCUGCAGUCAGAAUAAAACAAUGAAAGUUUUCA